GUGGGUUUUUUCUUGUCGCUCUUUGAUGACGUCUUUCUAGUGCCUGAAGAAGCUGCAGUGAGAACACGUGCAUCGGGCAGAUAUAAUUAUUUGAAGAUCUUAUUUGACAUUUCGGUGUUUUUUUUAAAUUUUUCAUCGUUAAGGUCCAAUACACUACCAAGAUGGUGAAGCCUCGGUUUAAGGGGAAAAGCACGAUAAACACCUCGGCGGCCAGUAGUAAUCCUGACCGACCCAAGACUCCUGCAGGUUCAGGCAACAGCAUGAGGGACCGAGCAACUGUCAGACGUCUGAAUAUGUACAGGCAGAAGCAGAGAUGCAACAACAGAGGGCAGGUGAUAAAGCGUUUGCAGUAUCAGUCCACUGUGGCACCUGGAACGCAGGCCCGGGUGGAGCCUAACAUCAAAUGGUUCACAAACACUCGGGUCAUUAAGCAGUCGUCCUUGCAGAAGUUUCAGGAUGAGAUGAGUGCCGUGAAGAAGGAUCCAUACCGCGUGGUGAUGAAACAGAGUAGACUGCCCAUGUCCCUCCUACACGACAGAGUGAAGGCCCACAACUCCAAGGUGCACAUUCUGGACACAGAGGGCUUUGAGACCACGUUCGGCCCCAAGGCACAGCGUAAACGGCCCAACCUGAUGGUCGGAGACAUGAAGGACCUGGCGGAGCAGGCCGUUGCCUCUGGGGAGACCUACAGCGCCGACAAGGACCGUGACCUGGUCACAGAGGACGACGGGGUCAGAGAUGAAGCUCGGGAAGAGAUCUUCAAGAAGGGCCAGUCCAAAAGGAUCUGGGGAGAACUCUACAAAGUGAUAGACUCAUCGGACGUGAUCAUCCAGGUGCUGGACGCCCGCGACCCCAUGGGCACGCGCUCGCAGAGCAUCGAGACCUACAUGAGGAAGGAGAAGCCUUGGAAACACCUCAUCUUCGUACUGAACAAGUGUGACCUGAUCCCUACCUGGGUCACGAAACGCUGGGUUGCCGUGCUCUCCGCUGAGUACCCCACCCUGGCCUUCCACGCCAGCCUCACAAACUCUUUCGGCAAGGGCUCCCUCAUCCAGCUCCUCAGGCAGUUUGGCAAGCUCCACACAGACAAGAAGCAGAUCAGUGUGGGUUUCAUCGGCUACCCCAACGUUGGAAAAAGCUCUGUUAUCAACACACUGCGUUCCAAGAAGGUCUGCAACGUGGCACCCCUCGCCGGUGAGACAAAGGUGUGGCAGUACAUCACACUGAUGCGACGCAUCUUCCUUAUCGACUGUCCCGGCGUCGUGUACCCAUCCGAAGACAGCGAGAGUGACAUCGUGUUGAAAGGAGUGGUACAAGUGGAGAAGAUCCGUAACCCAGAGGAGCACAUCCCGGCAGUCCUGGAGAGGGCCAAACCAGAGUAUAUACAAAAGACGUACCGCAUCCCCACAUGGAGCUCCCCAGAAGACUUCCUGGAGAAGCUGGCCAUGCGCAUGGGCAAACUCCUCAAGGGGGGUGAGCCGGACCUUCCAUGCGUCUCUAAAAUGGUGCUUAACGACUGGCAGAGAGGACGGAUCCCCUUUUUCGUUAAACCCCCAGGACCUGACGGAGAUCAUGAGGGCCAGCAGAAACUCCCUGUGGAGGUGGCAGCUGAAGCUACAGAGCAAGUCCCACAAGAAGAAGGAGCAACAGAGGAGCAGGGCAGCGAAGAGGCUCCAGGCGUAUCCGCCGAGCAGGAGGCCCUGCAGAAGCAACUGAGGCAGAAAAAGGUGCAGGUGCAGAAGAUCCUCUCCAACGUCCGGCAGAACUUUGGCAAGAUCAGCGUGGCGCCCGAGUUCAACGACGAAGACCUGGUGCCUGUGGGGGCGGGUGACCUAAACUUCUCGGACCUGUCUGGCUCUGACAUCGGCAGCGAAGACGAGGAAGUAGAAGAAGAAGUAGUAGAAGAAGAACAAGAAGAUGGAGAAGAGAAGGGGGAUGGCAAGAGAGCUGCUGGAGAUGGAGAAAUGGAGGCCUCCACCACCACCAUCGUCGCCACCGCCGUCGUUCAGCCUGCCGAGGACAAAAAGAGUUCACGUGAGACGAUUCGCGAGCUGGAUGGGAAAAUAGCAAAGUACAAGCAGUUCCUGGACCGAGCAAGACUCAAGCGCUUUUCUGCCAUCCGGAUUCCUAAGGCGCUGUCUGACAAAGUGUUAACAGACGUAAAAGUGAAGCCAACGGCAGCAAGUAAACCAAAACCUGAAGCUGUAACACAGGUUGGCAAGAAGAGAAAAGUGGAAGAGGUAGAGGACCCCACACAUCAGCAAAGCAGGCUUUCGUCUAAGCAGAGAAGAGCUAUGGAACGUGCUCAGAAGGUGAAGAAAGUGGGAGCCCGUUUUUAUGAAACCCAUAACGUCAAGAACAAGAACAAAAACCGAAAGAUACCGACGGUGCUAAACGAGGGCAAGAAAGCCAAGAAAUCAAAGCGCUAGUUUGGGAUCCAAGAGACUAAACUACUGGGACAUUUCUAAUAAAUCCUUUUUUUUAAUA